UCCUUUCUCCACCGCCGUCUCCUCCCGCCUCAUCGCCAUAGCCGCCGGCAACCACUCCACCAGAACCAUCACAGGAGUUCGCUUCUUCCAUUUUCACUGACUCCUUUUCGUUCCCAUAAUACCCUUAGAGGACGAACCCGUAGCUGCUCCUGCUGCGAUUCCACCACAGAAAACCACCGUCGACAUAGCCGCGGCGGCGAACCCAGCACCAAAAUCAACACCAAGGUUAACUUCUCGCUCCCUUCAGACGACGAAGACGAUAACAAAACGACGCUGCCCGCCGCCGCCAAGGAGGUUGACAAGUCGAAGCUCCCUCCUCCGUACGACCCUUUCAGCAAGAAGCCCGCCGUCGAGGACCCGGAAGACCCGAAGGACUUGCAAGAAGUCUUCCACAAAAUGCGGAGCGAUGGCCUCACCAACAAUGCAGUCAAGAUGUUCGACGCAUUGUCCAAAGACGGAUUGACCCACGAGGCGUUGGAGCUCUUUGCUCAGAUCAAGGACAAGGGUCAAAUGCCCGACGUAGUUUCGCACACCGCCGUCAUUGAAGCCUACGCCAAUGCCGGAAAGACGAAGGAGGCUCUCAAGGUAUACAUGCGGAUGUUGGCCUCUGGGGUGGCCCCGAACGCCUACACUUACAGUGUGAUGAUCAAGGCGCUGGCGGCUGACCUCAGUGGCAAUUUUCUUGGGGAUGCCAAGAAAUACUUGCUGGAUAUGGUGGGCAAGGGAAAGCGGCCUAAUGCCGGUACUUACACAGCAGUGUUUGAGGGGUUUGCAAGGCUGGAGAAGGCGGAGGAGGGGAGGGAGCUACUGGAGGAGAUGAAAGGGAAGGGGUUCAUGCCAGAGGAGACGGCAGUGAAGGAGGUUCUCAAGAGCAAGAGAGGACCUGUAGUUAGAACCGUCAUCAACAUUCUAUUUGGUAAGUAGAUGGAUUUUGCUCAUUUCAUAUGUUCUCCAUUUCAUCUUCGUUGAAAAUUGAAAUGUUUAGCAUUUGAAAUGAAAUCCCAGUUUAAUUCGA